AUGGAGGAGCUCGCUUCCACGCUGAGUGUGUGGGGCUCUUCGCUCUCACAGUGCGCUUCUCCAGGCCCAGCAAAGGGCGUCACUGCUUACAAUAGAGGCAAGGAGAUAAGUUUUUCCCUUUUAUCUCCACAGCACUUCACAGAGUUCCUGGAUGAGUUUUCAUCAGAUGUCCUAGGCCAGCUCUUGAAUGAUCCUUUCUUAUCUGAGAAGAAUGAAAUAAUGGAAGUGGAAUUGUCUCCGGCUUCCCCAGCGCCUCUCAUCCAGGCAGAGCACAGCUACUCCUUGUGUGGGGACUCGCGGCCCCAGUCGCCCCUGACCCACAUCUCUACUGAUGACAACUUCAACGAAGGUGAUCUGGAAAACGAGGAGUGGUGUCUGGGUGCCGAGCUGACUCCAGCUGCAAUAAAGACGGAGGCAGUGUUGUGCGAGACAGCCGGCCUUACUCCCUCUGUCAGCCUCACUGUCACGGCCACAUCGCUGGAGGGGGAGCAACCUGAGCUACACACUGAUGCCCUGAUGAAACCACUGAGCCAGAAAGCUCUUCCAGAGAUUAAAUUGGAGCCACAUGAAGUGGAUCAGUUCCUGAACCUGUCUUCUAAGGAAGCAGUGGAUCCUCUGCAUUUACCCCCAACGCCUCCCAGCAGCCACGGCAGUGACUCUGAAGGUGGCCAGAGCCCGGCUAGGUCUCUCCCUCCUUCAAGCCCAAUCCAGCUACAAGCCACAGCUAAGGUGACUACACGUACAGCUUCAGCGCUCUCCAAUUCCCCUCUCCUGACUGCACCACACAAAUUACAGGGGACCGGCCCACUCAUCUUGACAGAGGAGGAGAAGAGGACACUGAUAGCAGAGGGGUACCCGAUCCCUACCAAACUGCCCCUUACAAAAGCAGAGGAAAAAGUGCUGAAGAAAAUCCGCAGGAAAAUAAAGAACAAGAUCUCUGCUCAGGAGAGUAGAAGAAAAAAGAAGGAAUACAUGGACAGCCUGGAAAAAAAAGUUGAGACCUGCUCAAAUGAAAAUACUGAGCUACGUAAGAAGGUGGAAGUCCUGGAGAAUACUAACAGGACGCUGCUGCAGCAGCUGCAGAGGCUGCAGGCCGUGGUGGCGGGGAAGGUGUCGCGCUCGUGCAAGGCAGCCAGCACCCAGACGGGGACCUGCCUCAUGAUGGCCGUGCUCUGCUUCGCCGUGGUGCUCGGCAGCGUCUCGCAGAGCUACGGGCCCUACCCUGCUGCCACCAAGAUGGUGCUGCCCACGCCGCAUCCCUCGGCAGAGUCCUACACAGACUCCGUGGUGAGGUCGAGGAGUCUGCUGAUCUAUGAAGAGCCUCACCAGCUGGAGGAGUCGUCGAGCCCGGUCUCCUUUGCAGACCGCAACGACAGACACGCCGACGCCUCCAAAUACGCAGCCCUGUCCCUGGAAGCCGUGCCGGGGGCGCAGCGGGACGACAUCAUGCAGUUCACGAUAGCCAACGAGACGAGGCUGGAGAAGGCCGUGCUGCUGGGCCUGCCGCCGCGCAGGGUCAGCUCAGAGCUAGAAGGAAAUGAAACACUGAAGAUAAUAGAAAUAGACAGAAGAGUCAAUGCCACCUCUUAA